AUGAAGUUCGUUUCUGUUGCCUGUCUGGCAACCAGCGUUGCCGCUGGUGUCAUUGACCCAGCUGCCGCUGUUGUUGAGCGUGAUAUCAAGGCCAUCACUGGCGUUAUGACCGAGGUUGGCAAGGGACUCGACACUCUUGAUACCCAGGUCAAGGGCUUUACCACCAAUCCUAAGCCAGUCGAAGAUGCUUCCGACGCCCUCGUCCAGACUCUUAAGACGGGAAAGGGCACUGUUGAUGCUCAGCCUGAGCUCGGACUGUUUGAGGCCCUCGGUCUCCAGGAUCCCGUCAAGGCCCUCCAGGCUAAGGGUGAGACUCUCUUGAGUGAUCUCAAGGCCAAGAAGACUGUCAUCCAGAACGGCAACUACUGCUCUCUCGUCCGCAAGCAGACCACCGACAUCAACACCUACUCCAAGGCCCUCAUUGCCUCCACCGUCUCCAAGGUUCCUGCUGGUGCUCAGGGUAUUGCCAAAGACCUCGCCGCCGGUCUUGUUGAUGUGCUGCAGCGAUCUCAGGAUGAGUUCAACGAGAAGAACUGCAUCGACAAGGGUACUACUCCUCCCACCACCACCAAGAAGCCGCAAACUACCACUACCGAGGAGCCUUGCGACGAGACUACCACUAAGAAGCCUCACACCACAACCAAGAAGCCUCACACUACGACUUCUGAGGAGCCUUGUGAUGAGACCACCACUACUAAGAAGCCUCACACCACAACCAAGAAGCCGCAUACUACCACUUCUGAGGAGCCUUGCGACGAGACUACUACCACCAAGCGGCCUCAUACCACCACCAAGAGACCUCACACUACAACUUCUGAGGAGCCUUGUGAUGAGACCACGACUACUAAGAAGCCUCACACCACAACCAAGAAGCCUCACACCACGACUUCCGAGGAGCCCUGUGACGAGACUACCACCACCAAGAAGCCUCACACAACAACCAAGAAGCCGCAUACCACUUCUGAGGAGCCAUGCACCGAGACUGAGACCACCAAGAAGCCUCACACCACGAGCAAGCAUCACCACACAACUACCUCUGAGGAACCUUGCACGGAAACUGAGACCACCACAAAGGGGCCACCACACAACGUCCAAGCAUCACCACACGACUACCUCCGAGGAGCCUUGCACACUGAGACGACCACCAAGGGCCACCACACAACGUCCAAGCAUCACCACACGACUACCUCCGAGGAGCCUUGCACUGAGACUGAGACUACCAAGAAGCCUCACACGACAACCAAGAAGCCUCACACCACCAGCAAGCACCACCACACUACCACUUCAGAGGAGCCCUGCACCGAGACUGAGACGACCACCAAGAAGCCUCACACCACCAGCAAGCACCACCACACUACCACUUCAGAGGAGCCCUGCACCGAGACCGAGACAACCACUGCUCCUGGAGGCACUACCACCAGCUCUGCCGCCGGUACCACUUCAUCUCCUUCGACCGAGACUGAGACGACCACUGCUCCUGGAGGCACCACUACCUCGUCUGCUGCUGGCACCACUUCCUCUCCUUGCACCGAAACCGAGACCACCACCGCUCCUGGAGGCACCACUACCAGCACUGCCGCCCCUGUCACGACCACAUCCGCUCCCGGAGGCACUACGACUUCUGCUCCCGUCAUGACUACCAGCACUGUGUACACCACCAAGACUUACACGAUCACCUCUUGCCACCCCACUGUGACCAACUGCCCCGUCGGUCAUACCACCACCGAGGUCGUCCCCGUGUACACCACUGUUUGCCCUGUCGAGGAGACCGCAACCCAGACUGUUGUCCCUACCAAGCCCACUGAAACCACCUUUGUGACCAUUCCCGGCAAGCCCACUGGCGGUAACGGAGGCAACCCUCAGCCAACUGGCGGCAAUGGCGAGAACCCUCAACCUACCGGAGGCAACGGAGAGAACCCCCAGCCAACUGGCGGUAACACUGAGAGCCCUCAGCCUACUGGAGGCAAUGGCGAGAACCCCCAGCCAACUGGUGGAAACGGAGGCAACCCCCAGCCCACUGGCGGUAACACUGAGAUCCCUCAGCCUACCGGCGGUAAUGGCGGCAACCCCCAGCCUACCAACACUCCCCCGGUCACUGCCGGUGCGGCUUUCGUAGGCCCUGCCACUGCCUUUGCCAUCGCGGUUGCUGCCCUUGUCGUUGUAUAA